CUCUUCUUUAUUUUAAAACACUGAUCUUGUUAAUGCAAGCCCAACUCUUCUUUUGCUCAACAACACCAAUGUCCACCACCAAAAGAGAAACAACAUCAAUGCUUGUUUUGCCUCUGAAAACCCAACAAAUCCCACCUGGGUCCUCCCCGAAACACCGUCCAAACGAGCUUUCCUUCCAGCACAAUGUCACCCUCACCAUCUCUCUCUCUCUGGGUACGCCUCAACAGAACGUUACCAUGGUCCUUGACACAGGAAGUGAGCUCUCUUGGCUUCACUGCAACACGACCCGACUCACGCAACCCACAUUCGUUCCAACCCGAUCAUUAUCAUACUCACCCAUCACUUGUUCUUCACCCAUCUGCAGGACCCGAACCCGGGACUUCUCCAUACCCGCUUCUUGUGACUCCAACCAUCUCUGCCAUGCUGUUCUCUCCUAUGCCGAUGCAUCAUCUUCAGAAGGAAACUUAGCAUCGGAUACGUUCAAUAUAGGAGGAUCUGGAAUGUUGGGCAUCAUAUUCGGGUGCAUGGACUCGGGUUUUAGCAGUAACUCGGAGGAAGACUCCAAGAGUACCGGGUUGAUGGGCAUGAAUCGUGGGUCUCUUUCCUUUGUUUCUCAAAUGAAUUAUUCGAAAUUCUCUUACUGCAUUUCAAGUUCGGAUAUUUCGGGUGUUCUAUUAUUUGGAAACACCAAUUUUACAUGGCUAAUGACAUUGAAUUAUACUCCAAUGAUUCAAAUUUCUACUCCAUUGCCUUACUUUGAUCGAGAAGCUUAUACGGUUCAACUUGAAGGGAUCAAAGUUUCAGAUAAAUUGCUGCCACUACCGAAAUCAAAAUUUGAACCGGAUCACACCGGAGCGGGUCAGACAAUGGUUGACUCAGGUACACAAUUCACAUUCCUUCUCGGCCCGGCUUAUACUGGUUUGAGGAAAGAGUUCUUGAACCAAACGAGUGGGGUUUUGCGGGUCUUGGAUGACCCGAAUUUUGUUUUCCAAGGAGCAAUGGAUUUGUGUUUUCGGGUUCCUUUGAAUCAAACAAGCUUGCCAUCAUUGCCCUCGGUGAGUUUUAUGUUUGGGGGUGCUCAAUUGAUGGUUUCGGGUGAUGGGUUGUUAUAUCGGGUCUUAGGUGAAGUUAGGGGAAAUGAUUCGGUGUAUUGCUUCACUUUUGGAAACUCGGAUCUAUUAGGCAUCGAGGCCUACGUGAUUGGGCAUCAUCAUCAACAGAACGUGUGGAUGGAAUUUGACCUUGAGAGAUCAAGGAUUGGCUUCGCUCAGAUACGGUGUGACUUGGCUGCUCAAAGAUUAGGUCUGGAUGGCUAA